UAGUUUGAGAUAGAAUACAACUAAAAUAACUCCCGCCGUCGCCAUCCACACAAACCACCACGUUCGGCCGCCGCAGCGCAGGGAUAUGGAGACAGGUAGUGGCAUUAUGUGGUUCUUCAGAGAAAGAGGUUUUGAUGAUAAAAGCAUACAUUAUAUGUUCAACAAGUGCAGACGGCUUGAAGUUGUCGAUAGGGAAAUCGCCUCAGAAACUUGGGAUUAUUUGAGAAGCACAGGCAUACCAGGGGGGAAACUUUCCAUGGUCAUUAGGAAGUGCCCCGAAAUUCUUACCCUCGACUUGCACGACAAACUUGUACCGAUGAUCCAGUGCCUUGCAACGUUGGAGUCAAGACCGAAGGAGGUAGCUUCUGCCAUAGCCAAAUUCCCACACAUACUCUUGCACAGUUUGGAAGAGAAGCUCUGCCCGCUUCUUGCCUUCUUCGAAGUUCUUGGUGCUCCCGAGAAGCAAAUUGGCAAACUGAUACUCUUAAACCCUGUAAUCAUAAGUUACAGCAUUGAAUCAAAACUUUCUCGGUUGGUGGAUUUUCUUGCCAGCCUUGGUCUGUCCAAAGAUGGGGUGGUUGGUAGAUUUGUGGCCAAACAUCCAUUCAUCACAAGGUAUAGUGUUGAGAAACGGCUACGACCAGCCUGUGAGUUUUUAAGAUCACUUGGUCUGACAGAGCCUCAGCUCCAAAGAGCAGUGUUGAAUUUCCCGGAAGUUCUGUGUAGGGAUGUGAACAAAGUUCUCAGAUCUAAUGUUAUGUACUUGGAGUCUUGUGGGUUCAGUUCGAGUCAGUUAGCAGCAGUGGUUGCUGGCUAUCCUCUUGUUAUAAUCAACAGUGUAAGUAAAUUGUUGAGACCAAGAAUCAAGUUCUUGAAAGAAGCGAUGGGAAGAAGCAUUGACGAAAUUUCUCAGUAUCCGGGCUUCUUUAGGCAUGAUAUACAAAGAUUAAAGUCGAGGCAGAAACUGCUGACACAAAAUGGCGUGGAGUGUAGCUUGAGUGAGAUGCUGGACUGUAAGCACAAGAGAUUUUUGUUGAAAUUUGUCGUUUAGAUUUUAAGUUGUUUGAUGUUCUGUAUAACUUGAUGUUCAAUUUUGUCCAUUUCAAUCACAUAUUUAUGCAUUGCUUA